CUCAACGCUCGCUGGAAUAUUCCAGGAAACGUUUUAAUUUAGGUGUUGAAUAAUUUGCGGGAAACUAUCCCGCUCAAGCUGAGCAAGCGGGUUUCUGGGAGAGAGAACCUGAAUGAGUUGGGUUUUAUUGGCCUUAAGAGACUUUUGACGCGCGUGGAUGGUGGACGUGGAACUGGAGACGCGACAAUUUGCCUGUUAAAGAGUUCUUGGGACUUUUUUUUUUUUUUAGAGCUGGACGUUUUUAACUCUAAGUACGGUUAGACUCAUCGAAGUUGGAUAGAAAUACUGGAUUUUAUCAUGAUAUUUUAUACAGGAGGCGUGAUAUUCUGGACACAUCUCAAGAGGCAUCAUAACAGAUAAUCCAGAAUAAACAAACCCUCUUCAGUUUGAUAUAGACUUGAGUUGAAGAAUAUUCAUAUUUGAAAUCAUAUAAAACAAAGAUUCUUACAGGAAUCACGUCGCGUAGUCAAAUGGCAGAUGAAUAUGAACAGUCCUGUGCGUCAGAAUUUAUCAAAGACCGGCUGUACUUUACCACUCUGCGUGUCAAACCAAAGAAUACAGCCAACACACACUACUUCAGCACAGAUGAGGAGUUCAUAUAUGACAGUUUCUAUGCUGACUUCGGGCCUCUCAACCUGGCCAUGCUGUACAGAUACUGCUGCAAACUCAACAAGAAGCUCAAGUCCUUCACGAUGUCUAGAAAGAGACUGAUUCACUACACCAGUUACGACCAGAAGAAUAGAGCCAACGCUGCUGUUCUUAUUGGUGCAUAUGCUGUCAUAUAUUUGAAAAGAAGUCCAGAAGAAGCCUACAGGACUCUGAUCUCAGGAAACAACAUGGGCUACCUGCCUUUCAGGGAUGCAGCAGCAGGAGAGAGCUCCUUCAACCUCACCAUCCUCGACUGUCUACAAGGAAUACGCAAGGCGCUGCAGUAUGGUUUUCUGGACUUUGAAUGCUUUGAUGUAGAGGAGUAUGAACAUUAUGAGCGAGUAGAAAACGGGGAUAUGAACUGGAUCAUUCCUGGGAAAGUUCUGGCAUUCAGCAGCCCUCAUCACCGCAGUAAAAUAGAGAACGGUUAUCCUCUCCACGCACCAGAGGCGUACUUUGCAUUCUUUCACCAAAAUGACAUCACAGCCGUGGUUCGUCUGAACAGGAAGUUGUAUGAGGGCAGGCGGUUCGAGGAUGUAGGAAUCGAGCACCACGACCUCUUCUUCCUGGAUGGGACCACGCCCUCUGACCUCAUCGUCAGGCGCUUCCUGCACGUGUGUGAGAGCACAGAAGGAGCUGUGGCUGUGCACUGUAAAGCUGGCCUGGGCCGUACGGGCACUCUGAUUGGAUGCUACCUGAUGAAGCAUUACCGGUUUACUGCAGCUGAGGCCAUCGCUUGGAUCAGAAUCUGCCGGCCUGGAUCCAUCAUCGGCCCCCAGCAGAACUUCCUAGAGGAGAAACAGCACAGUUUGUGGGUCCAGGGCGAUGUCCAUCGCUCCAAACAGAAACUGGUUCAGCAGAGACAGAGUCGGCGGCAGCAGCAUCUGCAGCAGCCUCACAGUUCAGACUCUGUGGGGGAGAAACAAGAAGCUAUGUCCCGCCUGCUGUCAAGCAUGGAUGACCUGUCAAUCAACACCACCCUCUACAAAUCAUACAGUCUGGAUGAGAAUAACUGCAAGGAAACCAGUCUAACUCAGGGAGACCAACUGAGAGCACUGAAGGGAAAACGGCCACCAAGAUCUGCCUCAUCCUCCUCAAGGUUGAACUUGUCCAAGGCCUCUCACUGCUCCAUCCUCCCACCCCAUAAGUCCUCUAAAGUCCCCCUCUCCUUCUCCUCAUCCUCCUCCUCCUCUUCUAAGAAGCUGGUACGAAGCUCCUCCUCCUCAGCCGUGCAGAUCAAGAGUCCCUUCAGCCUCAGUCUGUUCAGUACCAGGCAUGCUGUCAUUCACUGACUUCACAGUUUCCAAUCUGCUGACAAGCUGAGUCAACCUGUGGUUGUCUAGGCCUUAAACAUUUUGUCAACCUUGACAAUUAAUUAUCUGUCUGACACUGUAACUUCACAUUUAAUGCAGGGAUUCACAGAAACAGGAGCUUUGUAGAGUCAUCCCAAAGUUUGUAAAACACUUAUGCAUAAAGUUAAAGGGCUUUGUGGAUCAUUGGUCACCUUAACCAAUAUGUGUUAAAAGGACUGGCACCAAAACACAUGUCCAUGUCUCCAGUAUGUUAUAAUCAGAUGGUGUUGUGUAAUUAUAGGCAAUUAACAUGAUCUUUAACAUGAGAAAAGCUGUAACACUGGCCUUGAUAAUAUCUAAACUAACAGGAUUUUUUUAGAGAAGAAAAACAAAAAUGGAGCUUUGCGUGGUUCAGGCAGAGCACUAAAAUCACCAUGCAUGAGUUGAUUGGCAUCAUCAUUCAUGUUUAACAAUCAUUCAUCAACAUAAUAUAACACUGUUUCCUUCCAGCAGAAUUCUUUGUUCUCAUUUGUAUUUAAUGAACAAGAUCAUUAAUGAAAAACAUUCAUUAAAAUGUUUUCAAGGGUUUUAGAGCACACUGGAAGUGCCGUUUUUGGAGUGCAUUGGAAAUCUAUAGUGUUGUUGAACCCUUGUACAACUUAGACUUUUAUUGCAGUCACUCAGAGUUUUUCAACAUUUGUUACAAGGUUUCAUCUACAGUGGAAAUGAGAAUAAAUUGUCAAAGGAGACCUGGGGCAAACUAUCUGUCGGUCAGAUCACAUAUUGGUUCAGGUAACAAAUAUACCAAACUUAAAUAGGUGUUUAAAAGGUAUUUAGUACCUUUCCCAGCCUGAGUAACUUUGAGUUUAAAUCACAUCACAGUAAGUAGCAGCAAACUGGAGAACAUAAUGUAAAAAAUGAAGGGGAUUAAAGCACAAAUCCACACACAUUUCAAGUAUCUUUUGUAUAGGUAUAGCUGGCUGUAUGCUGUACAUCACUGGAGGCAGAGCAUUGCAAUACUGAAUUCAAAGCUUUACCAUAUGGGUCUCUAUAUGGCAAAGUUAUUAGGAUUUAAAAUCAAGAAGUGAGCACAGAUUAUAAUAAGAAGGUUGCUGGUUUUUAAUCUGUAUCCUUUUGAUGUAACAGCAUUUUCAAACAAUGUAGAAAUCGGUGGAGGAGUGAAAACAAAGCCAUGUAACUCUCAACUGCAACUGCACUUUAUUUUUUAGAACUUUAAGAUACAUGUUUUUGAAAAGAAAAAAAACUUAACUUCAUAAAUUAUUACUGAAUAUUUGUUUUGAAUCAAGUAAGGAGCACUAUAUGAACAGAUUAUAUACAUACAUACAGUUCAAUUAAAAUCAGAUUUAUCAAACAAAACACAGCAUGGAAACUUAAAUCACAGAGAUAUUUUUAGUUGCCAACAAUAAUUUUGGCAACUAAAACUGUCUUCAUGAAGGGAAUUUUUUCAGUGGCAGGCCACAGGAGCCAUGCCUGUGUGUGUAGCUGUGUUGAACAUUUUUUCUGUUUUCUGAGCAAAUGCUAUUAUGUUGAUAUUUGUUUAACUUUGUUUUUGUUUCAUGCAACGUGAAUGCUAAUCAUGCUAUGCAAAUGAUGUAUUGUUGCUGUUAUGAAAUAUAAUCAUCUGCUCUUGGAUCAUUUGUGACCAUUAUUGCUGGUGUUGUUUUGGCACUGUAUUGUCUGAUCACUGAUUGAAAAACUAAUCAUUUGU